AUGGGCACAGGGCUUCGCAGCCAGUCCUUGCGAGGACCACGGCCCUCCUAUGGCAAGCUCCAGGAGCCCUGGGGGAGGCCCCUGGAAGGCCGACUGCGCCGGGCACUGAGUCUCAGACAGGGACAUGAGAAGUCCAGGUCCUCAGACAGAGGCCCAGAAAAGCUGGACACCCCCGGGCAGGAGCAGCUGUUGGGGAGCCUGGGGGACACGGAGCAGCUGAUCCAAGCUCAGCAAGAAGGCAGCCAGCGGUGGCUGAGGCAGUACCAACAGAAGAUAAGGAGAAAGUGGGAGAGCUUUGUCACCGGCUUCCCCAGCAUGACCCUGAGCCGGUCGGCCUCCCCACAGCCCCCGCUGAGCACAACCAGCUAAGGAUGCUACUAGCAGCGGUGGGGGCCCUUACUGCAACCCGAUGACAUGGCAUGACUGCUGACCUGCCUCUUCGUGGCCCUCUGGACUGUGAAUGGGGUGAC